AUGGCACAGGUCAGAGCCAAGAUGUUGGGCCAGAUAUUUUUAGCCUGGCGUCCAGCCGCAAGAGCACGGCUCAAGGAAUACACUGCCGAGGUGUUGGCCCCUGGUAUCCGCGGCCAGUUUCGCUCUUUUGCGUACACUUCUAUCUUGCUUCGACAGCACCGAAAGAACCUCCCCUUUGCCCCAUCUGAGAAGCAGCACAGGAUCGCUAAGCUCUGCCGCACAAAGAAUGUGGUCGUGUCGGCUAGACCUGGCUCAGGCAAAACCGCUACGGUUGAAGCAAUUAUCGCUGCCAAUCCGGACAAGCGAAUCUGCGCCCUCGCCUUCUCAAGAAGCCUUCAGCAGGAGACCUCUCAACGUCUCGGACCCUACCCCAACUGUCGCGUCAUCACUUUUCACGCGGCGGCAGGUGAACUCUUUGGGAUUGUUGUCAGCGAUGACGCUAUCCUAUCGAAACAGAUAGAAAGGGCCGUUGUUUGCAAUAAGCUCCCCGAGUGGAAUCCCGAACCCUUUGAUAUCAUCGUUUUAGACGAGUUCCAGGAUUGCGACGAGUCCCUCUUCUGGCUGGUCAACUCAUUCAUCCUGGCCAACGAGAAGAAACUGGGGGACCAAGCUCCCUGUUUGGUCAUUCUAGGUGACGAGAGACAGUCCAUCUUCGGAUUCCGCGGCGCCGACGAGCGCUACCUCACCUUAGCUCCCAAACUUCUAGGUCCUAUCAGCCCUCGACCAUUUAUCGAAGCUCCAUUGGAUCAAAGCUUUCGGUUGUCCAAGCAGACCGUUCACUUUAUCAACAAAACCUUUCUCGGUGGCGAGCAAUACAUAACUAGCGACAAAUUCGGCCCCAACCCCAUUGUCCUGAAGUGCGAUCCAUCUGACAGCAAUUCUUUGGCCGAGAAGUUGUUCAAACUGAUUGAACACUACGGCGCCGAAAACACCGCAAUUCUAGCACCAAGCGUACGUAAGCGUGGGCCAUUCCAGAAGACCGCCAACGUGUUGUGCGAGGACUACAAGGUUCCCAUCGCGGAGCCAAACGACCACGAGUGCAAGAAACGGGACAAGGUUAUGAAAGGCAAGUUGUGCAUUUCCAACAUCCACCAAUUCAAAGGGAGUGAGCGAGACUUGGUCAUUCUUUUCGGUGCCGACUCCUCAUACUUCGAAUACUUCGGCCGCCACCAACCUCAGGACAAAUGCCCCAACGAGAUUUUUGUGGCCCUGACACGUGCCAAGAAACAACUUGUUUUGGUCUACGAUGUGAAACAAAAGCCUAUGCCUUUUGUAUCCGUGAAAUCUCUUUACGAAACCGCGAAUGUCAUCAACAUGUCAGGAAACCAGGAUGCGAUCCCACCCCCGGACGCCCCUGGCCAGCCUCUGCAGCCUGGGCUUUGUCUGCCGACUUCAGUCGCCGUUCGCGACAUGGUUCGGCAUAUGGAGGGCGAGUCUCUCGAAGAAAUCAUUAAGAGAAACCUGUGCAUCCAGAAGCUACCCGCCCUGCCCGAGUACAAACAUAUCAACCUUUCGGAUAUCGUACUUACAGACAAGAAGAGGGGAUUCUACGAAGCUGUGAGUGAUUUGAAUGGCCUCGCCCUUGUGGCAGCUUUUGAGCACCAUGUAUGUGGGACGCUGAAUACACUUGCCGUCGACCGAAACGAGAUGGAAAGGAUGCCUCCGGUCUGUUCGAAAAAGGGGGUUUCUUGGCUUUGUCGACAAGCCUGUUAUUACCGAGCCAAGGUCUCAGGCUAUCGGGCUCGUAAAAUCCAGAUGAAAACCCAUAAGUUCAAUUGGAUCAAGCCUGAAGACAUUGCUCGAGCCCGCAGCCGACUUGAGAGAGAGCUGAAAGGCUCAGCCACGAGUCUCAGGUUCGAGGUAGAUGCAGAGAAACAUAUCAGCAUUGGAGAACAAAAGUGUCGAAUCUCAGGCCGUGCAGAUAUGGUGGUGACUUUCUCUGGUUCAGAGAGUAACAAGAAGGAUGUCGUCUGGGAAAUGAAGUUUGUCUCCCAGCUUUCUAACCAGGAUGUCAUACAGGCAUGGAUGUAUGCCUAUCUGUUGAGGCUUUCGCGUGCUACACUCUACAACGUGCGGACUGGAGAGAAGUAG